AGACCAAGAAUAUGGGGGCGUUAUCAUCAGCUUCCCCUCUUAUCCUCCGAUGUAUUCUCCGCCGUCCACCGCCGUCCACCACCACCAACCAUGUUUCCGCUAUCACCCCUUCUCUUUUCAAACUCUUGAAACAUACGCCUUCAAUAUCCCUCCCAACCCCUCCUCUGCCAAUCUCUCGCACUGCUCUCUCCUCACUCACUCUUCGUUCUCUCUCCACCUCCUCUUCAAUCCAAGUCGCCAUCUCCACCGAACAAGACACCCAAUGCGACGUCGAUUCAGAAGUCGCCACCUCCACCGAACAAGAUACCCAGAGCCAUGUCGAUUCAGAAAUCGGAACUGAUGAUAAUCAUCAGAUUGUAACUGAAAUUGAGAGCCCUGUAGAUGCUAAACUUUCGAAUGCACAUAAGGAAAUGUUGUCGAAAUUGAAAGGUAUGAGUGUGAAAGAGAAGAAAGAGUUGGGUUCUUACGCCAACAGUUUGGGGAAAAAGCUCAAAUCACAACAGGUGGGGAAGUCCGGCGUCACGGAUUCAGUCGCCACGGCGUUGGUCGAAACCCUUGAAGCCAACGAGCUUCUCAAGCUUAAAAUUCAUAACAACUGUCCAGGGGAGCUAGAGGAUGUGGUGAAUCAAUUAGAGGAAGCCACUGGUUCGGUGGUGGUUGGUCGAAUUGGUCGAACCGUCAUCAUCUAUAGGCCCAGCCUAACAAAACUGAAAGCAGAAGAGAAAAAGAAACAGGCUCUCAAGGUUUUCCUUAAAAGAAGAGCAGCAUUUAAAUCAUCAUAUCAGGGGCAAAAACUGAGUAGAGGACAAUCUAACAGAAGUCGAGAUUUUAGAAAGUCUUGAGGAGGUUGUUGAAUCGUGUAUAACGUGGUUUCUUCAGAUUGUACGGAAAUGCUUCGAGUAUUGGUGGUGAGGCUGCAUCGGCUUGUUGGUCUCGUUCGAUACAUCUUUAUAGCGAUAAAAACCACUCGGAUGUUACAAUCUAUCCUGAUGAGUUUUAUUUUUUAAGUUAGGGUUCAAGGUGUUUCUUGUGUUUUGUUUCAUCUGUACUCGCAUCUUACAUGUAUUAUUUCAUGUGUGAAACAAUAUAUGUAAAUUAGUUGUGUGCCCGUGUAAUACAGUUGGAUGUAAAUGAUUUGAAGCCUCUUGGAA